AUGCGUCUCCUUCGCGGACCACUCCUCCUCGCUCUCAUCGUAGGAGUGAGUGCUCUUCCCGUUGCGGACAAAUCUGACACGGAGGUCGAGGCCCGUGAUGAUCCUCCUCCCAAUGACCCUGGAUACGUGCCUUACACUACGUACGAUCCCUAUUCCUCCUACGACCAGUACAAGCGAGAUGUGGAGGAAAGGGGAGACGACCACGGUCACCAUCCUCCCCCGCCCGAUACCGACUAUGGAAGCUAUGCCCCAUACAAAUCAUACGCGCCUUACACUACCUAUGGCAGCUACAAACGUGACUUAGAGGAAAAGCGGGGUGAUCACGACCAUGGUCAUCCUCCUACACCUGAGACUGAUUAUGGAAGUUAUGCUCCAUACAAAUCAUACGCCCCUUAUACUACCUAUGGCAGCUAUAAGCGGGACUUGGAGGAGAGAGGCGAAAAGGGUCGACCUCCUCCCCCUCCUGAUGAUUAUGGAAGCUAUGCCCCAUACAAGUCAUAUGCCCCAUACACUACCUAUGAUCACUAUAAACGAGAGGCGGAGGAGAAGAGGGGCGAGGAUGGUCACCCUCCCCCUCCACCACCUGACUCUGGAAGUUAUGCUCCGUACAAGUCCUACGCUCCUUAUGCCAGCUAUGGUUCCUAUUAG